AUGUCGUUAGUUGGAACUGUUGUGACUCAGUCCAUCAACCUAGCUCUAAAGACAACUCUUGCAUGUAUACUGCUUAUUGGAGCAUAUUUUCUAAGCCCCAUCGCACUUCGUCGCUUUGUAAAGGACAAAGACGGAAAUACAAUCCCUCCCGGCCCCCCAACACGAUACGCCUACCUGCGCAAAUAUGCUGAGCGUGCACUGGAUAGUUGGGCAAAGCAGUAUGGGGACCUCUUCUCCAUUUGGAUGGGCAGUCAACUAUUUGUGAUCAUCUCGGAUCCGCAAGUUGCCAAGGAUCUGUUCGUCACCAACGGAGCAAUAUUUUCGAGCCGGAAGCGAUACUUCAUGAAAAGCCAGGUUAUUCUUAGAGGACGCGCUAUCACUGGCUCUCCGUAUGGGAACACGUGGAGACAACAUCGACGUCUUGCGACUCUGGCCCUUAGUCCCAAAUCAAUGGAGGGACAUGCAGAUAUUAUGGACUACGAGGCUCAUAUGCUGAUGAAAGCUCUUUAUGAGGAAAGUCAACGAGGAACAACCCCAUUGAAUACGACACAAGCUACUGGAAGAUAUGCGUUGAAUAACAUGCUCAUACUUUCCUUUGGGAUUCGAACUACCUCACUGGACGAUCCUUUGGUUGCAAAGGCCCUGAGACUGACUAUGGAAUUUAUGGAACUUACUGGACCGUGGGCGAAUGUAAUUGACUUCUUCGAGAUUCUUCAGUACAUUCCUACUCCAAAAAAAGCAAGAGGACAUCAACUAUAUGCCGAUAUGGUGGACACCUACGGGUCAAUGCUUCUCCAGUUCAAGACCAAGAUGUUAGCCGGGGAGGAAGUUCCCGAUUGUUUGAUCAAAACUCUUCUUGAGAAUCAGGAGUCGGAAAAGCUCGACUGGGAAGAUAUCUGCAUGUUGUCAGCUGUAUUUACAUUGGGAGGAGUACAUUCGGUUUCUGGAAUGAUCCAAUGGUUUAUUGCAACUCUCCCUUCACAUCCCGAAAUAUGUGCAAAAGCGCAAGAAGAACUGGACAGAGUAAUUGGACGUGAUCGCUGGCCUACUAUUGAGGACGAGUUUAAUCUCCCAUAUGUCCGAGCUAUAAUCAAAGAGUUGGAACGACUACACGCGCCAUUUUGGAAUGCAACACCUCAUUUUACAACCGAAGAUUUCUCCUACAAGGGACACUAUAUACCCAAAGACACUGUCGUGAUCCUGAACUGCUAUACUAUCCAUCAUAAUGAAAUUAGAUAUCCUGAUCCAUUUUCCUUCAAUCCUGACCGGUAUCUCGAUGACGGUCUUAGCUGUAACGAAUCUUCAAAACUCUCUGAUCCAAUGGCUCGUGAUCAUUGGGCAUUUGGAGCCGGGAGGCGAAUAUGUCCCGGAAUUCAAACGGCAGAACGCGAGCUAUGGCUAGUGUGUUCACGUUUACUCUGGUCGUUCAACUUCAAAUCCGUUCCGAACGAGCCAAUUAGUUUGGAGGAAUAUGAUGGACUAUCUGGUCGUACUCCAAAGCCGUUUAGAGUGCAUUUGACCCCUCGUUUCGAAGGCGUUUCUAAGAUUUUGGAUAGCGCCGAAGAUGUUCCUUUUUACCUUUGA